AUGAGCACCGCCGUGGUAGCAGGAGACAUCAUGGUAGGCCCCAGCACGUUAGUGAAUCCUACCACCCAAGGGGGUCCCACCACCAUGGUGGGCUCCAUCACGAAGAGCUCUUCCCACCAUGGCAUAUCUCCAGACCCUAGCGAGCACCACCGCGGCCACUACAGUGACCACCACCAUGGCCACCGUGGCCAUCCUGGUGAGCACCACCGCAGAGAGCUCCGCCAUGGGGAGCACCCUAGUGUCAGCUCCAGAGACUUGCACACAGGCCUCAGCGUGGCCGGAGUCAGCUCAAUCUUUCUGCCUACCACGGCCCGCAAGCAGAGCACGGCCAUCAGCUUGACGCGCUCCCACAGUGCAGUUCGCUCCCGUGCCUCCAAGAGCUCCAGCAGAGUCCAUCCUCUGGAAUCCUUAUCUAGAAUCUCAGAAAGCUUGACUGAAGAUGAGGAAGUUCAGAUGCACAAAAACAACAAAACCUCGCGGGGCCACAAGAAGGCGCACAGUGGGAACUUCUGCAGCAAGCUGUGUGAAAAUUGUUGCUCCCACUUAUUCGUUCUCCGGAAAAUGCUCAGUGUCCUGACCCAGUCCCUGUUCUUUGACGCCUUCAUCUUCAUCGUUGUCUGCCUCAACAUCAUCAUGCUUGUGGCCCAGACCUUCGCUGUGGUUGAGGUCCGGGGCGCGUGGUACUUCAUGGUCUUUGACUCCAUCUUCCUCUCCGUCUACGUGGUGGAAGCUUUGCUCAAGAUCAUUAGUAUGGGCCUCGACUAUUUUUAUGAUUCCUGGAACAUUCUGGACUUCUUCAUCGUGGCCAUGGCUGCGCUGGAGUUCACACUCGUGCAGCUCAACUCCCGCUCCUUCCAGCGCACCAUCUACAACCCAAACUUCUUCAGGAUCUUCAAGGUCUUCAGGAGCCUGCGGGCCCUGAGGGCCGUUCGAGUCCUGAAGAGGCUCAGCUUCCUGACCAGCCUCCAGGAAGUGACCGGGACCCUGGUGCGGUCCAUGCCGUCCAUCACGGCCAUCCUCGUCCUCAUGUCCACCUGCCUCUUCCUCUUCUCGGUGGUGCUCCGGGGACUGUUCCGCCAAUCUGACCCCAAGCGCUUCCAGAACAUCUUCACCACCAUCUUCACCCUCUUCACCUUGCUGACUCUGGACGACUGGUCCCAAAUCUACGUGGACAGCCGGGCCAACGGCGCCGGGUACAUCAUCCCCAUUCUCAUGAUUUACAUCAUCAUCCAGUACUUCAUCUUCCUCAACCUGGUGAUUGCUGUCCUGGUAGAUAACUUCCAGAUGGCACUGCUCAGAGGCCUGGAGAAAGUGAAGCAGGAGAGGGCCGCCCAGAUCCAGGCGAAGCUGCUGACUGAAUCGCUGAUGAAGCUCAACGAAGCAGAGCCUGAACAGGUGUUGAGUGAACACAGUAAACAGAAGCUCCUCAUCGAGAAAAAAUUUGGGGCCAUGACCACGAAGCAACAGGAGCUCCUGUUCCAUUUCCUGCAACUGGCCACAGCGGUGGAGCAUUAUCAGCAGAAGUUCCGUUCCCAGGCAUCCGUCAUUGAUGAGAUUGUGGACACUGUGUUUGAGGCUGGCGAAGACGACUUCAGGAAGUGA